UUUAACGGAAAUUACCGAUCAAUUCUCGUACGGCCAAAUGCUGUUGAAUCACAAAUCGAAAGUAGGAACUCUUAUCUGGUAUUUUGGUGGCUUAUUGGUCUUGCUGGGUUGUUGUUAUAUGUCCAGCGUUAUUGGCGUCCUCCGUCGCUCUCUAGGCAGCAUGGCAAGCAGUUACGUUUCCGGCACUCACUCCAUGGCCUUCGUCACCGUACCAAAUAUGGACGUCGGCAAGAAACUUGCUCAUGGCAUCGUUCGAGGAAGACUGGCGGCCUGUGUGAAUAUCAUUCCAUCCGUGACGUCCGUAUACGAGUGGGAGAGGAAAGUCAAUGAGGACUCCGAACUCAUUCUGAUGAUCAAAACCUCGAGUGAGAAAAUUCCAGAUCUGUCAAAAUAUGUGCGGGAGAACCAUCCAUACGAUUGUGCUGAAGUGAUCAGCGCAAAGAUUGAGGACGGGAAUGAGCCGUACCUCAAAUGGAUCGGAGACACCGUGAACAAACCCGUCGUUCCAGCCAAAGGAGACGACAAAUAACAGUGAACAAUCAAUGACUUUUGAAUAGACAGCCAGGUCCCGUCUUAUUAAAAAAUCUUACGACAAAUUUAAGUUACGACUGAAUCUUAAGUUUAAAAAAAAUCAGAAAAUAUGGCUUAUAUUGUUUAAGCUAGGAGACACGUGAAAGAUAUACGGGAAUUAUCAGGAAACAGGAAAUAAACCUAUAAUACAUUAUUUGUUCACGAGUUUGCUUCUCAUUAGAUUGAUUAAUAUUUUUAAUUUGCAGUACGAUAUUUAAUAAGACAGGUCCCUGGUUUUGAUCAGUAUUUUUUAAAGACUACAUUUUGGUGAAUGUAAAUCAUGUUUAGAUUUGUUAAUGUCACGGGAAAGUAAACAAAACGAAUGCAAUUCGUAUGCAGUGCCCGUGGUUUUAAUGUUUCGCAGACAACAUUAACACUCGUAAAACGAGUAUAAUCCAUUGUAUUUUAGAUCUGAAUAAACGAUUACAAACGUACUCAAUAA